UGUCAGUCUCUGACCAGCUAAGCCGUUGCAAAGGUUUCGCUCUCGUUAUCGCAAACCUGUGCAGACAGUGAUCGUGUGUUGCGCUGGUCAUUUCUUUUUUUCUUUGCAUAUAUUUUUCUCCUGUCAGACACUGCCGUAAACAGACUCAGAAUAUCUAGCAGAUCUCUAAAACACACAUAAACGAACAAAGACCACAAGAAGUCAAAAAGAAUCCCCAUCAUCUGCUUUCCAGAGAAUAGCAACGUAGGCUAUACGAUGUCUGGCGAAGACGCACCUGCUCAACAGCAGAAAGCCGAGGAACAAAAGCAAGAAUCCAAAACAGCUGAACAGCCUACAUCCGAGUCCAAACAGGAGUCUCAGCCGGCCGCUGAAGCCAAAGCUGCACCGGCUGCAGCGGCGGCGGCAACAGAGAAGGCUCCCGAGGAGGAGGUCUUUACCUACCGGUCCCUGGUCCUCUCCGGCCACGGAGGCUAUGACAAAGUCAAGUUGCAGGUGAAGAAGGGGAAGCCGGCUCCGAAGAAUGGCGAGGUUCUGGUGAGGGUCAAGGCGUGCGGUCUGAACUUCGCAGAUUUGUUGGGAAGACAGGGGCUGUACGACCGACUGCCGUCCCCGCCUGUCACGCCCGGUAUGGAGUGCUCCGGGGUGAUUGAGGCUCUGGGCGAAGAAGUAACGGACAGAAAAGUGGGUGACAAGGUGCUGGUACUGAACCGAUGCGGGAUGUGGCAGGAGGUGGUGACCGUGCCGGCUAGCCACACCUUCAUCAUGCCGGAGGGGAUGGGCUUUGAGGAGGGAGCCGCCCUCCCGGUCAACUACAUCACGGCCUACAUGAUGCUCUUCGACUUCGGGAACCUGCGUCCCAACCAGAGCGUGCUGGUCCACAUGGCUGCAGGCGGUGUGGGCAUCGCAGCCACCCAGCUGUGUCACACAGUGAAGGAUGUGACGGUGUUCGGCACGGCGUCGGCAAGCAAGCACGAGGCCAUUAGCCAGGGCGGGGUCACGCACCCCAUUGAUUACCGUACACGGGACUAUGUGGAUGAAAUCCGGAAGAUCAGCCCCAAAGGUUUGGACAUAGUGCUGGACCCCUUAGGAGGUUCUGACACUCACAAGGCUUUCAACCUGCUGAAGCCCAUGGGAAAGCUCAUCACUUACGGUGCUGCCAACGUGCUGACAGGGCAGAGGAAGAACCUGCUGGCCGUGGCCAAGACCUGGUACAACCAGUUCUCCAUCAACGCUCUCAGCCUGAUGCACGCUAACAAGUCUGUCUGCGGCUACCACCUCGGCUAUCUGGACGGGGAGUUUGAACUGAUCUCGCAGGUGAUGGCCAAGCUGCUGGAGCUCUACAACCAGGGCAAGGUCAAGCCCAGGGUGGACUCCACAUGGCAUUUCGAGCAGGUGGGUGACGCCAUGCGGAGGAUGCAGGAGCGAAACAACAUUGGCAAGGUGAUCCUCCUCCCGGAGCCCAAGAAGGAAGAGCCCAAGAUAGAGGAGGAGAAGACGGAGGAGAAGAAGGAGGAGCCCAAGAAAGAGGAGGAGAAAAAGGAGGAGAAGAAGAAAGAGGAGCCCAAGAAGGAGGAAAAUUGAGAAUUACGGGUCUCAAGCAGGCAAUUAGGAGGCCCUCUUUGGGGGGGCAAGGUAUUGUUUUUUGGGGGGUGGGGGGAGGGUCCCUGUCUAAUUUUACAGCAGUCCAAGUCACCCAGACCAACUCUCAGCUCCCCAUAUCCUCUCUGGUCAUGGCAACCAAGCUUUGGUCUCAGGCCUCCCACCCAUCCACCGGGUUUCUAAGUGUUCUGAAUCAAUUUUUCCCUCUAAGGCUCACACUCAUUCACCUUAUAAUUACGCUUGAGCUCUUUAAUCAUCAAAUACUCACCUUACUUCAUAAGAACAAAAAGGAAAAUGACUGUAAUGCUCUGAUUGAUUGAACUGUUCAAUCUUCUUCACUUAAAACAGAAAAACCCCAAGGAUAGUGGGUGAUAUCCUGGCCCAAGGCUGAUGACCGUUGCUGUGACAACUGUACUCCCUCUUGCACAGUACCCUGACCCCCCACUCCUUUAAAAUUGGUUUAGACUGCUCUGCGGUGAAUUUAUACCUUUUUGACCUCCCCUCAUACCUCAAAGGUAUCCCAUCAUCCACCUUGCCCCUCCCUUGACAAGCAUUGGUCCAGACUCACAGACAGACAACCCCCCCCCCCCCC